UGCGGCCACAGAGUCCCGCGGGAUGGCUGCGGGCGGCGCGCUCAGCAUCCGGCUGCUGCUGGAGGCCGCCGAGUUCCUGGAGCGCCGGGAGCGAGAGGCCGAGCACGGGUACGCCAAGGAGCGAGCGGCACCGCGGCGCCGCCACACGGCCCGGAGCGGCGGCAGGUCUGGAACCCUCAACUCAGGAAGAACAUGGAGCUGUUGGAGUGAGUCCAGAGGAGCCACAGAGAUGAUCCGAAGGCUGGAGCACCUCCCAGAUGAGGACGGGCUGAGAGAGUUGGGGUUUUUCAGGUCAACACACAAUGAGAUGGAAAAGAACAGGCGUGCACACCUGCGGCUGUGUCUGGAGAGGCUGAAGGGAAUGGUACCGCUGGCACCCGACACCGGCAGGCACAGCACCCUGAGCUUGCUCACCAGAGCCAAACUGCACAUCAAGAAGCUUGAAGACUCCGACAGGAAAGCCGUACACCAAAUCGAGCAGCUGCAGCGGGAGCAGCGGCACCUGAAAAGACAGCUGGAGAAGCUGGGGAUGGAGAGGAUAAGGAUGGACAGCAUCGGAUCCACUGUUUCUUCAGAGCACUCAGACUCAGAUAGAGAGGAGAUGGACGUGGAUGUGGAGAGCACAGAUGACCUUCCUGCAGACCUCGACUGGAGCAGCAGCAGCCCAAGUGACUCGGACGAGAGAGGCAGCCUGCAGAGUGUCUGUAGUGAUGAGGGCUAUUCCAGCGCCGGCGGGAAGAAGCUGAAGCUGCAGAGCAGUUGCAAGCCUUCUCUCGGGCUGUAAGAAGCGACUACCCGCACUGUUUCACCCGUUGCUGUUUCCUGUUUGAAUCCUGUUAGGUAGCACACCUGGCUGUCCCACUGUUCUCUUGCACAUCGCAACUCUGACUGCACCACUGACCAAAACGAAGCUGAGCUUUGCCCAAGUCCCCAGACACCGUGCAGGGCUGCGGGUGGCACACUGCUCACCGGAGCGCACCUCCGCUCGCAGGCCCUGGCUUCUCUUCCCAGCUGGAACUCCUCUUUGCCACACCGUACAUCCCAGCCACAGUUUGAUGUGCCGGGGAAUAUCACAGCAGUAGCAGCAACCCCUGAAGCCCUCUGCUGGGAUUUUUGGCUCACUGUCACCUCCUGGUAUUCUGGAUCUGCUCUGCAUUUACCUGGCAGCAUCACGUGCCCAAUAAUGGGCAGUGGGGUCCAACUGUAGAGAUUUUGGGUUAGGGCCCAAUGGCAGAGCAGGCCUCUCAGGUAAUUUGGAUCCAGGAGAGAGUGGAGGCAGUUAGUGAUUGGCUAGCAGAGAGUUUUGGCCACGUGGUGUCUUGGACGGGCACAGGGAUUGCUCCGCCAGCCCCUGGCGUGUUGGUCAGAGGGCUCCUCGCUGCCAACCUGAAAUAUUCCACUUAUAGCGCAACUCCGUGUGCCCCAGCCCUGCCGUCUGCCUGGAGCAGGGGAACGCCGUGCCGGGGGAGCCUUGGGGCAGGCGCCUGCACUCUGGAAAGUUUUCAGUCCUACUGAAACCAAACUGGUCCCUGUCCCCACCCCGGGCAAGGUCCCAUCUCCUGCAUCGUGGCUGCACCUCACUGUUCCAGGCCAGCACUCCUGGAAUCUCCUCUCCACCCUUCUUGUCUCUGGGACAAGGUUAUUCUACCUCGAUGAGAUGAACAAAGCUGAUAUCCAUCCCUUUAGCACAAAAAACAAAGGCGAUGCCUCCUGUUUUCCAGCAGCGCUGCUGGCCUUGUUCAGUUCAGCAAUAACAUGAGGGCAAGGGGGAGCGGGGCAGCCUCCGGCCACCACGCCCAAGAGACCCCACGCAUGUCCCAAGCCCUUCUCCAGCUGCAAGGUUCUUUUUGGACACUCAAAGGAGCUCAUGAAGGAUUUCAGUCACCAAAAGAAGCUGAGGAAGGAGCAGAGCCCUUCCCAGCACCCCGAUGGCAGAAGGUCCUGACCUGAAAGCACACAGAAACACAACGAACGUGUGAGCGAUGAAGAAUAUUUAUUCCUUUUUCUAUGAAACCAGUGGACUGAGAAGAACUUUCUUCCUCCUUUCUGCUUUUAUAGCUGCUCAGGAAACUCUUGACACAGAGAGAUCCACUCACAGAGAUGUUUCUUUACACCUGAGCUGAGCUUUUCCAUUCCAAACCUCGCGCUUGAUCCCCAUCGGUGCCCAGCAAGCUCCUCUUUUUGUUUUUCUGGGGGGGGGAUUUUUUGCAUCCUUAAGCUGGUUUUGGAUCAUUUGAAGUCUUUGAGAAACAAAAGGGCAGGAGAUGGGGCAGGAAAAUUGCUCAAAUCUCUGAAGUCUCAGCUGGUUUUGCUCUGACUGGGUUUUAGAAGAGAAAAAAUCAACCCCCAGGGGGAUUUUGUUGUUAAAGCAGCCAGAACAUUGCGCCAGCCAACAGAUUUCCACAGACCUGCGGCUGAAAUGCCUUUAGAAUCACCGUGCCUGAGUCUCGGCAGCAGCCGUCGGCACAUGAGCUCAAACCCCUUCACUUUCAAAAAGAGGGGAAAAAAAGGCGAAAAGAUGAAAAGCACUGAGAAAACGGAAAAUCAGCUCCUGGAGGCCAAGGGCUCUGGUAGGCGUUUGCCGAGAUCGCUCCCUUGCCUUCUUGCAGAAAUUGCCUCUGGAAUCCCACCAUAGCCAAGGAUCUUGCUCCUUUGGCACGGGGCAGGAUGAUGCCAAGUGUUGGGAAGGCAUCAUCAGGGAGGACCUGGGGGCAGUUUGGGGUUGUUCAGACCGAGCGAGGCUAAAGGUUUCAGCUCAGCAGAAAUUCCUGGUUUUCCCAAUAUUGUGCCUUUAGGAGUGUGAUAUUUUCCCAUUUUUCUUUCUGCCCUGCUGCGAGCAAAGAAUUAUCGGACCUUGGCACUGUUGGCAUGUCCUCUCCAGCCUGAGGGCUGAGAGAAACAGGAGCCUUCAGGAUGAUGCCCUAACCUGGGGCAAGGCUGGAAAGCCAGUGGCUGAUUCCUGGCAAGCAUCCGUGCCCAUCUCCAGUGGCUUUUGGUCUCUCUAGGUCCCCCAGCUGCCCCAGCCUUUUCCCAGCAUUCACAGAUCCACCAGCAUUCCUAGGAAAUAAGCUACAGGAAGGACCUUUUUGGCAAUUUAAAUCAAACAAGGGGAUGGGAGACGCUGCUUGCGUCAGCCCGCAGGUCCAUGGGGUCUUCGCCCAGCCGGGUGGGAGUUGGGUGUUUUUUUCCUUUGUCCUUGCAGAAGGCAGAUCCUGAAAUCCCAUUCCGGGUGGUGAGAGCCGGGAGCCCUGCCCAGGAGGAAAAGGGGAAGCUGCUGGGAAUUGGGCUCAAUCCGAGCCCCUGAGGAGCCGCUGGCAGCGCUGGUGCAUUGCUCCCCCCUUGCCCACCCCAGAGCUUGGGGCAUCCCUUGCUGAGGGCUGGGACCGGCGGGAGGGCUGGCGAGGAGAGGGCUGGAGCCCAGGGAAGCGACCUGACCCGGCUCUGCCUCCAGGUUCGGUUCAGCCUUUGGAUGUGGGGCAGCAGCACCAGAACUCUGUGGGGUUUGGAGCUGAUAUCUUUGGUUCAUCCUUUUGCAUCUUUUCCUUUUUUUUUUUUUCUGCUUCCUGAGAGGCAUUGGCUUCAUUUUGGGCAGGCGAGAGCUGGGAAGCGGCAGCUGGGAGAAUCCCAAUCCCAUUUCCAGCCCUUGCUGUAACUCCCCCAUCCUCCUCCUGUGUCCGGCCCCUCCGACAGGGCUUUUUCUUACCGUUAGCAUUGGCCUUUUUGAGAAACUCCAUGGUCCCCAGCCCUUUGCUGUGGCCGUGGACGCUCAGAGUUGGUCAACUGUUAGCCAAUAAAUUAUUUCCUUAGGAAAGAGCUGUUGGUACUGGCCACGGCCUCGGGAAGCGAGCGGGAGGCUGGGGCUGUUGCCUGGAGAAAGGCUGGAAGUGGGGGCAUUUGAACCCCUCGGGAAGGCUGAAUGUGGGGCUCAGGCACCUCCUUGGCAUCAGUUUUAUUGGAGAGGGAGCAGCCUCCAUUCCCCGCCCUUCGCGCUGCCCCAGGCUCUGGACUGUGGCCUCCCUGCGGGGUCGUUUACCUGCGGCUGAGGGUCCCAGCCCAGGUUGAGCUCUGGGUUUGGGGGCUGAGGGGCUCCAUCCCGCAGCUGGCACCCCGUAGCCUGCACCCCGCAUCCCGCAGCUGCUGCCUGGGGGGAUCCCACCCUCCUGGAGGUCCCAGCCUGGCCGGCUGCUGCCUGGGGGAGCCCCUCGUCUCUGGCCCCUGGGCUGGGGGUGCAGAGCAUCACUGGGUGCCCCCACCAGCCUGGGUUUGGGGAUGCUGGGAGCCAGGGGUGGCCCCAAGCCUGGGAUUGGAGGCUUGAGGAGUGCCCCUGCCUGGGAGCUGCCCCCCACCCAGGCUCACCCAGCCCCCUGGGUGCCCCCCCAGCCCCUACUUCAGCCCUGGGUUGUGCUGCUGUGUCCCCUGGUGUGAAACCCCCUGCCCCAGCGGUGUUCCUGGGGUGCAGCCCCCACCUUCCCUGCUCUGUGCUGCCUGCAGGGAGCCUGAGGGCCCCCCGUCAGCACGGCUUUGGUUUUCCAGAUGCUCCUGCCGGUGUGGCAGCGGCCAUCCUGGGACUGUACCCCCUGCCCCCCAGCCUAGCGGGGCUCAGGGGGGGUGACGGCACAGAGCAGGGGGAGCCCCACUGCUGUCUCUGGGACGGGGGGGAUCUUGAGCUGCAGAUUCCUGAUGUUGGGAUCCUCUCGAUGGCAAAGGAAUUGGGCUCCUUCCACGGGGGGAGAGAGUGAGCUCAGACCCUCCCCUCCAAAUCCCAACAUUUAUUUAAGCAGCCAGUGCAGUGCUACAGACCAGGGGAAGAGGGGCUGGAAAGCUGCCCUGGGGGUGCUGGGGAACAGGAGCUGAACGUGAGCCAGCAGGGGCCCAGGUGGCCAAGAAGGCCAAUGGCAUCUUGGCUUGGAUCAGUAUGGGGUGGCAGCAGGAGCAGGGAAGGCAUUGUCCUCCUGCACUCAGCGCUGGUGAGGCCACAGCUCAAACCCUGGGUUCAGUUCUGGCCCCUCACUCCAAGAAGGACUUGAGGGGCUGGAGCACGUCCGGAGAAGGGAAUGGAGCUGGGAAAGGGGUCUGGAGUGCAGGGGUUCUGGGAGCGGUUGAGGGAUCUGGGGUUGUUCAGCCUGGAGAAGAGGAGGCUGAGGGGAGACCUCAUCACUCUCUGCAGCUCCCGGAAAGGAGAUUAUGGUGAGGUGGGUGCUCUUGUCCCAAGUAACAAGGGAUGGGAUGAGAGAAAUGGCCUCAGAUUGUGCCAGGGGACUUUUAGAGUGGAUAUUGGGGGGAAAUUUCCUUCACCAGAAGGCUCUGGAACAGCUGCCCAGGGAGGUGGUAGAGUCCUCGUCCCUGGAGGGAUUUAAAAGGUGAGCAGAUGAGACGCUCAGGGAUGCUCAGUGGUGGACAGGGACGGUUGGAUUCGAUGAUCUCAAAGGUCUUUUCCUACUGGGGGGCUCAGCUGGGUGGGCUGGGUUCAGGAGGGGACCUGAAAUCGUGGAUGGGAGCCAGGAGGAAUGCAUGGAGAGAGGUGGGAGGCAGAUUGAGAGACAGCUCCCAUGGAGAGGGCUCCCAAAAGGCAAAAGCAUUUCCUCCCUAGGCUGGUGGUCGCUGGAGGAGUUCUUAGGAUUCACGUUUGGCUCAGAUGCCAAGGGCUUUUGGUGGCAACAUUAAAACAAGCAAAUGAAACCCCUGCCCAGGGGCACCGAGGAGCAGAUGGGGCAGCACGGGCCUCUCCAGCGCUGGGGGAUCCCGACCGCUGGUGCCCUGGAGCUCAGCGUGACGGUGGGUGCCUGAUUGUGAAACCACCUGGGGGACACAUGGCACCACAAGGACGAGAGGUUCCCUGACCCCAUCUGCACCCGAAGGGCAGUGGAGCAGGGAAGGAUGAGCGCACAGCCAAAACGAUGGAGUUUCUCAUUGAUCUCCCAGCGCUGAAGGAGCUCUAUGUGAAAGGUGAGGCCUUCAGGAGCUCCUCCAGCUGUGCCACCACAUAUGAUACCAGCUUCCAAAAUUGUGGGCUGCCUCAGGGACCCCUGGGGAUGCCAGAUCCCCUGAGGAGAACAGCACCGCCCUCCUGGUGGGACCAAGGCCAUGGAGGCGUUUCCCCAGAGAGAGUGUCCACCCUGGAGAUUUUAUUGCACAUCAGGUAAUGGAUCCACGAAGUGGACAACACAAGCACGCCUGCCACUCCGGGCAAUCCUAAAGCUCUCCAACAACGGCGCAUGGGAAAGGCUGAGACUGGGGCUUGGGGCUGUGGGGCCCCUGAGGUCUCUGCUCACCCGAAGGUUCUCUAUCAGCACAGUGCUGGGCACAACCGGAGCGGCAAAGCUUCCCUGGGCCCGGCAGGCGAUGUCGGUGCCACAAGCAGUGAGGCCUCUGGCGUCAUAGAAUCACCAGGUUGGAAAAGACCACUGAGAUCAUUGAGUCCAACCAUUCCUAUCUGACACUAAACCAGGUCCCUGAGCACCUAAUUGACCCUAUUUUAAAUCCCUCCAGGGAUGGUGACUCCACCCCCUCCCUGGGCAGCCGUUCCAGGACCUGAGAACCCUUCUGGUGAAAGAAAUUUCCCCCAAUAUCCACUCUAAACAAAACCUCUCUGAAGGAUCAGAGCAUCCAGCUGGGAUAGCCCUUCCCUAUUCCUUCCCUUUCCUUACAUGUCUCUUCCUUAUCCCUUUCUUUUCCCUAUCUCUUCCCUUCAGUGUCCUUUCCCUAUCUCUUCCCUGUCCCUUCCUUAUCCCAUCCCCAUCCCUUCCCUAUCCCUUC